AGUUUUGUUGGAUUGAAUGAAGUUAAAACGAUUAGAAUGGAAAAUAUUCACGUAAAGAAUAAUGGUACAUAUGUUAUGGAUACGCUUUUGAAUUUGCAUGAAAUAUCGAUGAUCAAUUGUGGUGGUAUCGAUUUGAUUAUGAAUAAUUCAAAACACUUGAGAUAUUUCAAUGUAAUGAACACUUUCUUUACUGAUUUACAAACAGUGUUCACACAUAUCCCAGAAAGCUUGUGGUCAAUUAAAGUAGAAGGCGUUGAUAGUUUAAAUGAAUCUCAAAUUAUUGUAAACAGAAGUGAUGUAAGUCAAUUACGAGAUAUUGUUUUGAAACGUUCAAAAGUUCAGAAACUUCUUAUUUGUGGCCUUGAAUAUCUUGUUUCAUUAGAUUUAUCUUUAAAUGAAUUAAACGAAUCAUCCUCCUAUAUUUGUCAACUCUCGGUUUUGAAAACAUUAGAUCUAAGCCAUAACAAGUUCAAUACUUUAACAGAAUCAAAUGUUGACGCGUGUGAAAAGAUAAACCAAAUCAAUCUAAGUUACAAUCAUAUUAGUUAUUUGAAUGCCAAUGUGUUUAGCGGAUUCAAUCAUCUCAUAAAUUUAAAUCUUACCGGUAAUCGGUUGUUUAAAUUACAGUUAAUAUUUAACUCAGUCCUGAUAAUGAUUCAAGUGGAUCUAAAUCCUUGGGAUUGCUUAUGGCUUUAUCAAAUAGCAGAGCGUGAGCCAGAAUAUUUCGUUCGGUUUAAGUACACAGUAAAGCAUGACAGAUUAGCAGUGCGAGGUCUUCCGUGUAAUGUUAAGCAAAUAUCAACAGAAAUGGCACCGACUUCAACCAUAUCCUAUCAUCCAUCUGGUCUCAUUCAACCAUACCCCACCAGAACGAUUACUGAGCCUUACUACAUCCCUUCAAAGUGGAAGAUUCUGUUCGCAACAGUUGGCACAGGUGUAUUGAUGUCACAUGUGAUUUUUAUGAUCUACAACAACUACAAACGCCACCACUUUAUACCAUUUUAUCGAAGACUGCCGAAGGAAAGAAGAUUAUUUAACAUUCGGGAAACGAUCACCACCCGAACGGAUUCCUUCUUUUACGAACAACCGAUACGACAUUUUGAAGCCAGUACAUUGCACACUAAUAUUUAUGAAGAAAUUCCCGACAGGAUUACAAAUGAGCCUCCGUACGAUCGUUUACAAUUUCAUAGAUUUGAUAUGGAAGAUGAAGAAGAUGUUAUUGAUGUAUAG